CCAAUUGAGUUUUGAGGAGCGGUUGAUUGCGGCUGCUUAAUUGCUUUAGGGCGGGGAGAGUUGGUGGUGGUGGCGGUUCUUCUGCGGAAGAAUGAGUCAGACGGGGGGUGGAGGCGGUACUCGCUGCCCGCUCUCUCCUCUCCAACUAACACCCAGCAGAAGGCAGCCUGCGAGCCGGAGCCAUGGCUGGUUCUCCCAACCGGAGCCUGGAGCUCCUCUACUGCGGCUCCAGCCCUCCCAAAGCCGCCGAGAUCCUCAAGGAUCUGAAUUUGCCUGCGAUCAUUCUAUACAGUGUUCUCACUCUAAUGGCUGUGAUUGCAAACCUUGUGUAUCUUGAGGAAGUUAUCUACCUGCUGAGAAAAGUCCCCUCGACCAACAGGAGAGCCACUAUUAUGUGGAUCAGUGGGGCUGCACCUGUGAUAGCAUCCACGUCUUGUAUUGGCAUGUGGGUUCCACUGGCAUCAAUGAUCACAGAUUUGACAACAGCAGUGUACUUUGCCAUUGUCAUCCAUAAAUUCCAGCGGAUGAUGAUAGAAGAAUUUGGAGGAGAUGAAGCAUUUUUGGAACGCUUUGAAAACACUCCUGUGAAAAUGAGCACAGGCCCUUGUUGUUGCUGCUGCCUAUGCAUACCUUUUGGAAAGAUUUCAAGGCGCCUGAUGUUCAUGUUGAAAAUAGGAACAUUUCAGCUGGCUUUCUUACGUCCAGUCCUGAUGAUCUUCACAUUAGUUCUUUGGGUGAACGGGACUUUUAGUCUCGAUGAUCUUACACCAAGUGGACCUGCGAUAUGGAUUAACACUUCCCUUGGAGUCUCCACAAUAGUCGCGCUGUGGCCAAUUGGAAUUGUUUUUAACAAAGUCAAAGUUGAACUUAAAAACCAGAAGAUAAUCCCUAAGUUCACCCUGUAUCAGAUUUCAUUCAUUCUUACUCAACUCCAAGCUGCCAUUCUCAACAUAACAGCAUUGUCAGGAGGCAUUGCUUGUGCACCUCCAUUUUCCCCAACAGCCAGAGCCGGAUAUAUGAACCAGCAGCUUCUCAUAAUGGAGAUGUUUAUUAUAACUAUACUAUCACGCAUUUACUACAGAAGAAAAUACAACCCACUGGAAAUAGAUGAAAUGCAAGACUCAAAAAAAUCACAAAUGCCUUAACCCAUGUGAAUUGUAGAAUCGCAUAAAGUAGAAUCCCAUGAGCAUAAGACAAUAAGUAAAAUGACUGGAGAAGAGUCUUGAUCCGAAACGUCACCCAUUCCUUCUCUCCAGAGAGGCUGCCUGACCCGCUGAGUUACUCCGGCAUUUUGUGUCUACAGAAAAUAAUUAAACGUCUUUUAUUGGAUUUGUAUUAAGAUAUUGACAGUUUCUGGAUUCUCUAUCGGAUCUGCCAGUAACACCAAUAUCAUGGCUUCUCAAUAGCAUAACGAUCUUUGAUUAGGUUAUGAACAGUUUUAACACUCGACUUGACAGUUUUGUCAGCAUGAAAACAUCUAUCUUCAAUAAUGUCAGGGAUUGCAACAAAUGUUUUGCAAUGCCCCACAAUGAGAUGUGGGACAUGCUUGUUGUUUCCUGUUCAGGUCUGCUCACAUAGUAUUGUCAAACAAGGUAUAAUGGCCACUGCAAGCUGUGGACAGGAAAUUAUAGGCCUACUGUCUAAAUUUUGUCCUUUCACUGAAAUGGAUGAAAAUAACAAAGACUGCAACCAGCCUGUUUUUUCCCUCGCCAACAUUUCCUGUUUAUGUCAUGUCUCAAGUAAACCACUACUUGGGUAGUCAACUUGUUCAAAACUCAAUGCACACCUAAAUAAUUCCCCACAUUUUGUUUCACUUAAGAGAGAGAUCAACAUCAGAAGUUAAGGAAACUAUGAGUCUCGAGCAUCCCGCAGAUUUAUUACUGAAAGAGGGAUUAUGAAAUUAUUGUUCAUUCUGACUAAGUAUCAUGCUUAAGGUGAAAAUUACUCAUAAAAUUAUUAUUAAUAUACAACCAUUCAAUACAGUAUAAAGUUGAUAUAAUGUUUGUAAUAUGCUCCAUUGUUAAUUAAUUUAGAAUCUGACAAUCUGGCAAAUUUCUUAAAUGUAAGUCUUAAACAUGUGGUUAUCUUAAAAGAAAAUAUUACCAAAUUUUAAUUUCUUACUGGAACAGCACUCAAAUCAUGUGUUUUCAAACUAAAUAAUGGAGAAUAAAUCUAACCACGAAG